CAUCACCAAAUCUUCGACCAAAUCUUUUCACGCCAAACUUUACGACAACGAUUGCACUGAUAACCAUCAGGUCAGUAACAUGCGAACACCAAUAUCUGGAUAGCAUCAUUCUCGGAUACCGCGAUCAGAGUUUAUUUGGAGAAGAUGGCAGAAUGUGGAAAUGAGAUGAUGGAUGGUCGAGACUUGGGUUGGAUCGCACACAGGAAUUUCACGAAUCUCUGCUGCUACGAAUCUGCGCAACCUCGAUACUGUACCUUACCAAUCGCAUCGUUAUCUUCCUCUCGAACACUCUGAUCGUGGAACGAGUCUGGUAUCUUCAUGGCUUGACCCUCUCCUUCAAUUCCCUUUACGCCCUUCUCUCCUCCAAGCAGCUCUAGCUAACACUACGCAUCUUCACAGAAACCGCAAUCAUGGGUAUCAGUCGUGAUAGCAGACACAAGCGCAGUGCCACCGGUGCCAAGCGUGCCUAUUACCGUGCGUAGUAAAAAGCCCAUGUGUCUCUGACAUAUGUUCCAACCUGAAAACUAAGACUUUUGCAGGGAAGAAGCGCGCUUUUGAAGCCGGACGUCAAGAAUCCAACACCCGUAUCGGAACCAAGAGAAUCCACCUUGUCCGCACCCGAGGUGGAAACCGAAAAUUCCGUGCCCUCCGUCUCGAAGCCGGUAACUUUUCAUGGGGAUCUGAGGGAAUUGCCCGCAAGGUCCGUGUGAUCGUUGUCGUUUUCCAUCCUUCCAACAACGAGUUGGUCCGAACCAACACCCUCACCAAAUCCUCCGUUGUCCAGAUCGAUGCCGCUCCUUUCCGACAAUGGUACGAGGCACACUACGGUCAGAACUUGGGACGUAGACGUCAAGCCAAGGUUGAGGAGCCAGUGAAGAAGAGCAAGAGUGUCGACGCGAAGCACGCUGAGAGAUUCGCCGCUGCAGGAAAGGUCGAGCCAGCCUUGGAGAAGCAAUUCGAGGCCGGUCGCCUUUUUGCCGUUGUCUCUUCGAGACCAGGACAGAGUGGACGUGUCGAUGGUUAUAUUCUCGAGGGAGAGGAGUUGGCUUUCUACCAAAAACAACUCAGAAAGUAA